UAUAAAAGACGGACGUUUGCAUUGGGUCGAGUUUAGUCACAACUUAUCCGGCGUCACUUGCAAGUUGCCCGUCUCUUUCGCCACAUGUGUGCACAGUUUAUGCACUGCCAGAUGCGGGAUUGACGUCAUUCGCCCGUUUUUUGUUCAACCGGAUUGGAUUUCGUCCACUUUUUGAAACAAAGAAAAAUGGCUGACGGAUGGAUUCCGGCGGACAAUGGAGGAGCCCACAAGGAUCUCAGGAGGAGGAUCUCGAAUUCGGCCCAAAGUUUGAACCGAUUCGUCCGGCUGCCCAAACCCAAAAAGUGUCGAUCGUGGGGCCGUCAGUUGUUGCGACGCUGGUCCAGCAGUGGGGCCAGUCUCUUUGGAGGAUUUUUCGCUUCCACUCCGUCGGCCGGUGGAUCCUGCGGGAGUGGUGACGUGAGGAAUCCGGAUUCUCCUCCUCGGUCGCUGGACGCGGAUGUUUUCGCUUCGCUGUCGUCGGAUUACGUCCACUUUGGGACGGCCACGCCCCCUCCUAAGCCUCCGCGAGUCCGUCGGUGGUCGACAGUCAGCGAUGGAUCCUGCCCAACCGACUGUGAAGGAUCGCUCACUUCUGUGCAGUCGAGCGGAUUACUGCAAGAGGAGGAGGAGCGACGGUUGUUGUUUUUACGGUUCCAGCUGGCGGGCGCAGCUGGAUGUUGUUCCAGCGUCGAGUUGUCAGUUGGGCCGGCAGAUGGCGUCGGCCAAUCCUCAGGUACCGUCGCCGCCGACGUGGGAGAAGAAAUGGAAGGGGCGGAGUCAUUGCGGACGAGUGGCGAUGAAACGCAUUCAUCCGGUGCGGAUGAAGAAGAUGACGACGACCAGCACGACGACAGCAGCAACGGCCACGACUGGAUCGUCACGAAAAGAAAACUGUUGCGUCCAUUAUCACCGCCGCCGGCCACCACCUCUCACCACCACACCCACGGCGACUUCCGCUUGGAGGACGCCCGUCUCUUGUGGCUGGGCUGGCGACUAGGCCGUCCGGAGACGAAGCCGGUGAUAUCGGAACGAGAGCGCGGACUAUUGCAACGGGCCAACAGCCUCAAUAUCCACAUCAGUCAGCUGCAACGGAACCAACGGAUCUUGUCCAGCGAGAAUGAGCAAUUGAAACGUCAAAUGGAGAUGGAAAGAGAGCGGCCGGCCGGCCAGCUGCAACGGGAACGUGAGCGUCAGCAAGAGCUGCAACUGCUGCGCAGGAAAAAUGCCGAGCUGGCCAUGCAGACGAAGAAACUGGAAGAGAAAGUCCGCAGUCUGGAAAAGAAAUCGAAGGAGCUGCCGGCCAUCAACGGUGAGCGGACGCAGCAGGUUGUGACCAUGUCCAGGGAGCGGUUGAUUGACAACAAGUUGCAACUUCAAGUCCACCAGCAACAACAGCAGCAACAACAACAAGCGAAACAGACGACAAAUGCGUUGCGCUGGCGUGAAAAGGAAGUUGAAAUGCAAAAUCGCUUGACGGAACGGGAAAAGGAGAUUGGCCGUCUCAAGGAGAAGCUCAGGGACCUGACCAAGAAACUACAACAGGAGCAACAACAUUACAACAGCAAGGAGUCGCUGCAAACGCAACAAAACGGGGUGGAAUGGACCAUCUUGUCUCAGGGUUCCAGGGAAUUGGAAGGACUUUUGAAACUCGUCUCCAAAGAACGACUCCAGCUGGAACGCAAUUUCGUCCUGGCCACUCAGGGAUUGCAGCGAAGUGCCGAGCUUGACGUGACUCGCUACUCGGCCUUGGAGGCGACCAACGUCCAGCUCCGGCGGCAGGUGGAACAGCUGGAACUGCUGUGCAAGGAACAGGCCGAAGCGGCCCAGCAGCUCAGCAAAAGGCAACAGGAUCGAGAAGUGCUGGCCGAGCGACUUAAAGCCAAAACAGAGUACAGUCAAGACUUGGAGAAUCAGCUGAGCAAAGUUAUCGACAAGAACGCCGAAUUGACCAUUGAGAAUUGUGACCUGAAGAAACAAGCCCAGGAGCUGCACCAGUUUGAAACGGAAUGCCAGACGCUUCGUAGCUCGUUGAACACGGUGGAAAGCCAGUGCCAGGCGGCCCAGAGCGAAGUAGCCCAGCUCAAGGAGAAGAUGGCCGGCCUGGAUCAUGUCCUCAGGCAAAUGAGAGAAGCGGCCGAGAAGAAAAAGGAAUUGGAAAAACAACAUGGAGAGUCGGUCAAUGAGUUGCGGACGGCCCAGGCCCAGCUGGGAUUGCUGGCCAGCAACAAGAACACGGAAGUGGAGCGGGCACAACAUUCUCAGAACAUCGAGUCGCUUCAGUCGAGGAUUCGCGAGCUGGAAAGGAAAAUGGAAUUGCAGAACGUGAGACACGAUGAAUUGUUGCUGGAACUGGCGGCCUUGAGACGGAACCAGCACCACCACCACAGCAACAGCAGCGGAGCUGGAAGCAGCCACCACGGCAGCAGUCAGUCACUAGGAGCCACAUUCGAUUUAGAUUCAAGGGGAUCCAGCCCAGAUUCACUGAGGUAUUUAGCCAAUGGUGCUGGAUCGGUGACACGGACAACCCCUCUGGGACAGAGUGCCUCCAAUUUAGACGCUCUCCUCGAAAUGGACUUGGCCGUCUCGAAUUACAACCUGGGCAAGAGCCUUUCGCAGCCGGUGGUUUCGACGUCUUCCAUGUCGAAACUGACGGGCAUCAACAGUGGCGGAUCGUCCAGCAGCAGUAGCCAUCACCACAGCGACAUCGAGCGGAUCAUGGCCAAAAUCGAGCAGGAUAACCGAGUGCUGGCCGAGCUGGACAAAUCGCGCGCCACAAUCAGUUCUGGAUAUUCCAGUCACAACGGGGCGAGUGGAUCGGCCGGCCAGUCGAUGAGUCCGUCUCUGUACGGCAGCACAAGUUCGUCGGUGGGUUUGACGUCGACGGGUUUGACGACAUUGACCAAUACGUCGUCCAUGUUUUUCCCGGCCAGCAGCGGCAGCAACACGACGGCCGUCUCGACGGCGGCCGCCGAUUUGGCCCACACGCUGAGCUUAGGCGUUGCCCAGCAGCAGCAACAUCACAAUUCAUCGCUGGUCUCUGGUGGACUGAGAUCGACGCUGACGGCGCCCGGCAGCGGUGGCGGUGGCAGCAUGGCCUCGAUGUUGCAUCCGCCUUUGUCGCCGCUGAGUCUGCCGGCCCUGCCGCUGGACGCCCAUUCGGCCCACUCGCUCCUGCACACAGUGCCGCUGCAUUCGUUCCGCCACCCGGAGCCCGAGAGCAGCGCCGACAUGCUGGAAAUACCGGGCAAGGGCCGCUGCUACGUCUACCUGGCCAAGUACACGUACGAUCCGUUCAGCCAGUCGCCCAACGACAAUCCGGAAGCGGAAGUCUCGCUGGCCGCCGGCGAUUACGUCCUCGUCUGGGGUACAAUGGAUGAGGACGGAUUUUACGAGGGAGAAUUGCUGGACGGACGCAAAGGUUUGGUCCCAUCGAAUUUCAUCCAGCGGCUGCAGGGUGAGGAUUUGGUGGAAUUCCACCGGGCGGCCGUUCUGGGCCUGCAGAUUUGCGGUGACGACAGCAGCACGACGAGUUUACCUCGUGACCUGCUGGGCGUCAGUCCAAAUCACUUGGCCAGCGGCGUCGGCGGCGGAGUCGGCAACAGCAGCAGAGCCGGCCAUCCGUCUCAUCCGUCGAUUCAUCAACUUCCAUCGCAUCCGCAGCACCAGCAGCAGCACCAGCAACUGCAACAACAACAACACCAGCUACAGCAACAACAGCAACAACAACAAGGUCUGCCACACCAACAGCCGAUUGCGGCCAACGAGCCCAUCGAUCAAGCGCAUAUGCCAGCGGCUGGAAGCAGUCAGGUGGCCUUUCAUAGUCCGGCCAGUCGCAGUAGGGGCAUCAAUCAGUAUGACGCUGCCCGUCAGGCUCUCGACUGGGGUCUGAUGGAGUUGCAGGAAUUCCUGGAAGACGAGGAGCUGGCCCUAGGAGUCAAAGGAGAAGGACCAGACUGGCUCUUCCUUUCGCUGCUAGUCCCACCACCGCGUCAGCUGACGCUGGAACGUCAAUUGAACAAGUCGAUCCUCAUCGGCUGGAAUCAUCCGGAAGGAGCUCCGCCGGAAUCGGGACAGAUUGCCUCCUAUCAUGUCUACGUCGACGGAAUACUCCGCACCACCAUCCGGGCCGGCGACCGAUGCCGGGCCCUCAUCGAAGGCGUCGAUUCCAGCAAACCGCACCGGAUUAGCGUCCGCUCUGUGACGCUGAGACGCCGGGCCUCGCUGGACGCUGCCUGCACGAUGGUGAUUGGCAAGGAAGUUCCGUCUGCUCCGACUUGCGUCCGGGUGAGUCACGUGACGGCCACGUCGGCCCUGAUUUCCUGGCUGCCGGCCAACUCGAAUUACCAGCACGUCGUCUGCGUCAAUCACGUGGAGGUGCGGACGGUCAAGCCGGGCAUAUUCCGGCACACCAUUUCCGGCCUUUCGCCCAACACCAUCUACCGGGUGACGGUCAAGGCCAAGAACAUCCGCUCGCCGCACUUCAACACGAUGGACGAGACGACGGCCAAGUACGCCGAAAAGUAUUGCACCCACGUCGAGUUCCGCACGCUGCCCAAGGGCGUGCCCGACCCGCCCGUCGACGUCCAGGUCGAGCUGGGCCCCCAGGACGGCACCUUGCUCGUCACCUGGCUGCCCGUCACCAUCAACAGUCAGUCGGGCAAGUCGAACGGCGUCCCCGUCACGGGCUACGCCGUCUACGCCGAUGGCCGCAAGGUGACGGAAGUGGACAGCCCAACGGGCGACCACGCCUUACUGGACAUUUCCAGCUUCAUGGGCCUGCAGGCCAAGCACGUGACGGUGCGGACCAAGGCGAGAGAGAGCCAAUCGGGCGACAGCGUGCCCACCCCUGUACCCAUCGACCUCAUCAAGAACCGUGGCGGCAAUCGGAACGAUGACGUUCAAUGUCCAGUCAAUAACAACGAGAUGGUAGUAGACGAGACGGACGUAGUGGAACAUAGUUUUGGCCCGUCGGAAGACAUUGUAGGCCUGUGGAAUCUCAGUUUGCUGGCCAGCAUCAAGGACACGUUAGAGUCGGAUGAACGGCCGUCUGAACUGUCCGACAUUGCCGAAGAGCCGGAAGAGUAUCAGGACUGCAGUAGCGAUGGCGAAAUGAUGAACGAAACGAGCCGGGGCAGCAACAACAUUGGCCGGCGCAAUUUCAUGGAACAAUCCAACAACGGACGAGGCCAGCAGGGUGGCGGUGGCAUGAUCCAGCGCAAUCAGUACCUCAAUCCUUCCAUGCCCGGACCCAUCCCGUCUAUCGAAAUCACCAAGGAUACGGCCAGCGAGCGAUCGGGCGAUAGCUAUCGCGGCCGUGACGGCCAGCAGGGCAUGUACGACCGAAACAAAUCUCUGCCGGCCAACCGCAACCCGCAGAUGGUGGGCGGCCCCAGGAACGCCCAGGGACAGCAGCAGCAGCAGCAGGGACGGGACAACUAUUACGCCUCGACGACGGGCAGGAAUCAGCAGCAGCAGCAGAAUGACGGCUAUUACGAUCAGCCGGGCAACAGACGCGGACCAGUGGCUCGCGGUGGCAACGGCCGCCAGCCGCCCAUGCAGCAGCAGACGAGGAUCUUUGUCGCCCUGUUCGACUACGAUCCGCCCACCAUGUCGCCCAACCCCGACGCCUGCGACGAAGAAUUGCCCUUCCGCGAGGGCCAGCUCAUCAAAGUUCGAGGCGAUAAAGACGCUGAUGGAUUCUAUUGGGGCGAAGUGGCCGGCCGUUCUGGAUACGUUCCUUGCAACAUGGUGUCUGAAGUCCAGGUGGACGACGAGCGGGUCGCCCAGGAGCUCCUCAAAGAGUCUGGAGCCGACGGGCCGAGUCAUUCCCGUACCCGGCGCAAUUUGCGAGCUCAGGGUCAGCCGGGCCACGGUCGUGACCGCUGGGGCGACAUUUACGCCAACAUGCCGGUCAAGCGGAUGAUCGCCCUGUACGACUACGACCCGCAGGAAUUGUCGCCCAACGUGGACGCUGAAGUGGAACUUUCCUUCCAGACGGGCGACAUCAUCUACGUUUACGGUGACAUGGACGACGACGGGUUUUACCUGGGCGAGUUGCGCGGCCAGCGCGGGCUGGUCCCUUCCAAUUUCCUGACGGAAGCGCCGCCGGAUUACGACCCGUCUCAACCGCGUCACAAGCGGGGCGGCCAGCAGCAGCAACAGCAGUCGGCCAACAUGAACGACAAGUCGGGCGGAGGCGGGCAGAUGAUGCAGGAUCGCGGACGGGAUUCCAGUUAUUACGGCGGAAAUCGCAGCCGGGAACGGAUGGAUCACGAUCGAAUGGAUCCCCGGGAUGGACGGGGCAUGUCCGGUGCCGAAGGUCCCCCACCUCCUCCACGUACGACCAAUCACCGGCCGUCCGACAAUUCCCGCGAUCGUCGCAGCGACGUCUACUCGCCUGAUCGUCACGAGGGGAGGUCCAUGGCGGCGGUCGGGAGAGAUGGUAACAACCCGAUCAAUAACCAACGCUUCUACGCAGAAGACUCUUUCUCCGACGUCGACGAUAGAUUUAAAGGAAGACCGGAUUCGAUGGAUUACGCCUACAACAACGGAAUGGCAGAUCCCAUGCAACAACAACUACAGGGCAUGAAUGGACAACAACAACAGCAACAACAACAACAACAACCGAAUUUCAACGGUGGAACGGGUGGGCCCAUCCGCAAUUUGCCCAUGAACAAGACGACGAGAGGCUUGCCGCCCAUCCUCCCCGAUCCUUCCGUCAUCCAACAGCAACAGCAGCAACAUCCCGGUCAACCGCCCCUCAACAACAUGAUGAUGAUGAACGCCGAUGCCAACAACCACCUUUACGGUCACGCCAACAACGUUGCCGCGCCCCAACAAGCGACGACAGCGCCAACUUCCGCACCCCUGUCUUCUCACUUUUCCUUUUUCGGGAUGGGCGGCAACAACCAGCAGCAACAACAGCCGCAGCAACAACAAUCGACAGGGCCCAGUCUCAUCCAGAAAAUGAUGGGCGGCGUUGGUGGCGCUGCCACCGCUGCCGCUCCGACGACGACGACGUCCGGCACGACGGAAAAUCCAGUCGAGGGCCUUUUAUCCAAAGGAAAAGAUUUGAUAUUCAAGAAAUUCGGCCUCUAAUGAAAACAUCUAGUAACAAUAACCUUUUGCACAACAACAACAACCAACUCUGCCAUAAUAAUCGAAUCGAGCUGAAAUAAUCCCCUUCAAAAAUGAAACCAAAAAUGGAUAGCGUGAAAAACAAUUGAAUUUUGACGAGCCAAAUGGAUGAGGUCAAACACUUUUUUUUUUUAAUUGCAAAGUUUCCCCAAAAGUUUUGUGGAUGUAAGAUAUAAAAAUACGCACACACACCUCCUGUCUGUCUGUCUGUCUGUCUUGACUCUCUCUCUUUAACUUUCUCGUGUACAGUUAUAGCAAAAAAAAAGGUUUUUUUGGGGGGGUUAUUUUUCCAGCUAAUUAAAAUUUGUUCAUUCAAAUUGAGGAAGAAUUUUUGGGUAAAUUAAAUUUUGUUUAAAUUUUUUCCACCCAACAUUUUUUAAAUGUCUGUGUGAGCCCUGUACAUAUAUAAACUUCAACUAUAUAGGAAUUGUCGCCUGGCGGGAAAUUUAAAAAUAUUUGAAUUAAUUUUGUUUUUUUCAAAUUUUUAGGGGGAUUUUUCUUUGGCCGGCAGUAAUUUGCUUUUCCCCAUUAAAAAAUUUGAAAUUCGUGUUACAUUCAACAUCAAACCUCCCCUUUAAAGAAAAAAGAGUCCCCCCCCCCCUCUCUCCUCCCACGUUGAUAUUUACAUACAAAAAAUAUUAGGAGUUCCGCAAUUUCUAUCAGCCCUAUUUGCAUUCUAUUUACAUAUCAAUUCUCUCUCUCUCUCUUCUCUAUCUCUACAUUUUUCAUUCAUUCUUUUUUUUUUAAAUUAUUCUUUGGCUUAAUCUUUCUUCUUCUUCCCGUUAAAUUUCUCAUAUUAUUCAGCUUGUUGAUAUUAACAACAAAAUCGUUUUCUCUUCACUGUGCAAACCCCCCAAAAAUUAUUAAUCAGAAAUUUACAGUUUAAACAAAUUGUGCAUUUUCAGCGUGAGCCAAGUUGUGGGUGUAUAUGUGUGUGCGUGUGCUUUUUGUUUAUUUUUUUCCAACAAUUUCCCGCAUCAAAAUCCAAACAAAAAAACCAAAUUUCCCAUUUUUUUUUCCUUUUAUUUUUGAAUCUUUUUUGUCACAUCGCCUCUAUGGAAUUUUUCGUUUCAUUCUCGACCGCCAUCUCUCUCUCUCUCUCUUUAUUAUUGCAUUAUUAUUACAAUGUUCGUUAUGGUUAUAAUCUAUAUCUUUACAUACAAUUCUCCAUAUUAUGUGUAACUGUACAAAAGGCAUACAAAAAGGAAACAAAAAAACAAACAAAAUGGCAAAGCAAA